CUUACCCAUUAAUAAUUCGUUAAUUGUCGAUCACGAAGUGGAGUGUACAGAAUGCCGAAAUGCGAUGUGAAGACAAGGUAUCUACCAGCUACGUUUGCCUGGACAGCUCUACUCAGCACUACGACACUCUUCUUCUGUUUUCCAUGCCAAUAUUACGUGUUUCGAUGGGGAACAUGGGUACCUGCUCUUCAAGGAGUCAUUACCUUUUUUGUUUUGGCAAAUUUUACAUUAGCAACAUUUAUGGAUCCAGGUGUUAUUCCAAAAGCACCUCCUGACGAGGAUAGAGAAGAUGAUUUCCAUGCUCCAUUAUAUAAAAAUGUAGAAAUCAAUGGUAUUACAGUUCGCAUGAAAUGGUGUGUUACGUGCAAAUUCUAUAGACCUCCACGUUGUUCACAUUGUAGUGUGUGUAAUCAUUGUAUUGAGACAUUUGAUCAUCACUGCCCAUGGGUAAACAACUGUAUUGGCAGGAGGAAUUAUAGAUUCUUUUUUUUCUUCCUCCUGUCACUUAGUUUUCAUAUGCUCAGUAUAUUUGGACUUUGCCUAUAUUUUGUAUUGGAACGUAAACAACAAUUAGGUGAAGUGGACACUAUUGUUGCACUUGUACUCAUGGGAGUGGUUAUACUUUUAUUCAUUCCAAUUUUUGGAUUGACUGGUUUUCAUGUAGUACUUGUUUCUCGAGGACGUACAACAAAUGAACAGGUAACGGGUAAAUUUAAUGGAGGCUACAAUCCUUUUUCUCAUGGUUGCUUACACAAUUGCUGUUAUACGCAAUUUGGACCACAAUAUCCCAGUUUGAUUAAGCCUGAAAAGUAUUCAGGAAAACGGCGUGGAGUUUCUACAUCUGAGAUAUCGACUAUAGGCAGUGAGAACCAGGUAAAAACCUACAUGGAUAGCAGCAAUGGUGUUAGAAAUGCCAGUUCAAAUGCUUACAAUAAGUUGUCUCCUGGACGAGACGGAUCAGAUACAGACAUGGAACCUACUGCGUCACAGUCUGCGGAUUGUGAACCUACGCCGCCAGUACAAAGACAUGGUUCUAAAAGCAAUUUCUUCCUGCCGCCUGUGGAGAAUAGUGAAUCUCCCAGGCAUCCUCCACCAUCGCAACAUCGCCAUCCAAUGCAUCACACUAGAGGCAGCCCUCAUCCAAGGCCAAGGUAUAUUAUCAAUACGUAUAGGGGAAUGAAUGGCUCCCGAAGCCAUACGCCCGAUCCAUUAUCGCCAGAAGCAAGUGGGUCACCAGCUACAGCUUCUCAAAGAAGCCAAGGUCAGGGGGGUGCUAGUCCAACAACACAACGGAUUAAAGCUAUUGGAGUACCAACUCCACUUGCCAUUUCCAGUCCAAUUCGCAGAUCAAAUCCAGGUACACCGACGCAGGUUCGUCGGCCAGAUUUUAUAGGAGUAAACGACGCACCAACUUAUUAUGAUGUACAGCAAGGAAAUAAUACUGGUAUUGGUGCUGCUAGUGGUGCUGUCGUAACUGGUUACAGUCCGCAGCGGCGUUUCUUAUCAGAAAGUGAGCUUGUUCGUCAAGGUACGGAUCAUUCGUACUCAAGAACUAAUAAUACUGUCGACAAUAUUCGAGAAUUAGCGGGUUCACCUCAACGUGGUGUCUAUAUGUGGAAAGAUAAUUCUCCAGGCAGCUAUCCUGUUCCAAGUGGAACGACAAAUGCAACGACACAUCAGUCGCCCUCGCAAAGACCUCCACCAUCAUACGAUUAUUACCGUUCUAAUCCAACAAGUCCUACGCAACAAUUAUACGCUAAUGCUCCUAGAGCGGCGUAUCAUCCUGCAAUGAGGGGUGGAGUACCAGUCUUCCCACCACAUCAGUCGCCACAAGUGAAGCGAAAAGCCACAAUGGCAACGCCAACUACUCCAACAUCGAGCGAUACUCGACGUAGACCAAUGUCUUUUGUUAGAGCUUUGGAAAUGACGGAUUCUAUGGAAAUGGUAUCAGCGCCUAAUGAUAAUAGAUCACAACGGCCCACAACUCCAACACCUGAUCGCGCUAGUGUUUACGAUAUGAACUAUGAGAUAUCUGUAUAGCCCACCUUUACGGUCUCCGCACCAUCCUGUAGUUGGACGGAGAUUGUACAAGAAUUACCGUCAUUGCGCGUCUCCUGUUCCAAAGAGGAAAGAAUAUACGCCGCUUACGAGAUAUCCGUCUGAAUCUUCGUAUCGAAGCAGCUAAACAGUCUACGUCAAAUGAUAUUAGGUCGGGAUAUUAUAAAACUUUUCCGGCCCAAAUGUUAAUUCAUAUUUAUCAUACUCUACAUUCACCGAAAUAAUGUGGAACAAGGCCAAUUAUUUUCCUAAGGGAACAAAGACGUUAAACGCAGUCAUCAUUCAUCCAUGUUAUUAGUGAUACCCUCAGUGUACAAUGCGUAUCAUGAACGAUGUUAAAAUGUAUUCAGUGAAAUAAUGAUAAUCGAUAGACAAAAAUUUUCUGGCAAAAAAAAUGAGCAUUGGUAUUUAUGAUUUUCAUUGUAAUUUACAAUGGAAAGCACAUUAAGUUCCAUAUUUCGUGUUGAACUUAAAGGAACAUCAAAUCGAUAAAAAUAUUAAGUUCAACAUCGAGUCUAUCGUAAUAUAAGACUGUUGUGUCACGUUAUUAGCAAAAUUUGUUGGUUUAAUUAUUGUUUAAAAAGUAUUCGAUUUAAUAUGUAUAUGAGAUAAAAUGUGUUUAUUUAUCCACAAGAAGAAGCGCUUGGAUCGAUUAUAAUUGAAAAAAAUCAAGUCACAAAACCGUCAACGAAGUAAUAAUUCCGAACACUUAGUAAUAACUGCUAAGUAACAAUAACUGUUAAUGAUCAAGUUUUGUUUUGUUUAGCAACAACAUAUACAAUUAUAUUUUUUAGUAUAAAGUAUAAAGUCAGUUUAGAUUUUUAUACCGUGACGAUAUGACUCAAUUCUAAAAAUUAAAUAUCAAUUAAUUUUCGUUCCUUUUGUUUUUCUUCUUUACUUAUCAAAAUAUAUGAUUAGACAAAUAACAAAAAAUAUAGAAAUUAUUUUUGCGUACAUUUCUAAGCUCCAUUUUUACCUACAAUCGUGUUCGUUUUUUGUUUCGUACAAUAAAUCAUACAAAUGAAAGUAGAGCGACAAACGGAUAAAAAUCGAACCUGUUAGUAUAAUGUCCUACGUUUAUUGAUGCAAAAAGAGUUCGUGUCCAGUUAACAAAACGUUACUUAAUCGAUUUAAGUCAUUAUCGGGAUAGAAUAACAAAUUCUGUGUAAAAUAAUCGUGUAAAAUGAAAUGUGUAGCAAAUUUUUAAUAUACAUAUUUAACAAUAUUUAUACGUAAAUAAUAAAACAAAUAUAAGACUUUAAUGAUUAAUAAUUUCAUUUGUUUGUUAUAAAUGAUGAUUUUAUCGAUGUGACCACUAAUAUGAUCAAUUAAUUUUUAUGAAAUAAAAAAAAAAAAAGAAAAAUAGUUAAAAAGAAUAUAUGAAAGAAAAUUGUAUGAAUGUUAAAAGAAAAAGUAUGGAUGGACGAAUGGAUGUAUACCAGGAGAAUAUUUAAAAUAUUUAGACGAGAAAGCAAAUGGCAUGUUUCAAAUGUUUACAAUGAUGGAUGAUCUAAGUACUCGAUAAUAGAAUAAAAAAAUACUAAACAUGAAUAAUGGAUUUUGUUAACAAGAAUAAGGAGAAUACAAUUUUGUAAUAUAUAUAUUGCAUAAAUUUAUUGGUAUAUCUACUGCUAUUGUUAAGUUUGUAAUAUAUCCCGCUUUUAAAAAAAUUGCAUGUCGAUUUCUGUACUCUAUUAUGUACUUGUAUGCGAGACCAACAUUACCAAUUAAUGCAGGCUUAAUGAAUAAUUGCGAGCUGUAUAUUCGUAAGGUAAUCGUGAAAUAUUGCGUGUCCAGUUACCUUGCGAUAAAUUGAUAAUCGAAUUAUUAUUGUCAAAUAGCACAUAUCGUUCAGCUAAAAGGCUUAUCAAACAUCGAAUAUUUCCAAACUAAAAGGACAUUUUUUCAAUAUCUGAUAUUCUUGAUAACAGAAACAGUGGAUAUACAAUUUACAAGAUUAUUAGAAACAUUUCUUCCAAUGUUGGCGCUACUGAUAAACGCGAUUUACUUAUUUCUUAUUUUUUUUUCGAAUUAUAUAUAUUUUUAUUUUUCUUUACAAUGAGCUGUGCCAAAACAAAUAAACAUACGUACGAUUUUCCAUAUUUCACUCUGAUUACGUAGUAUUUAUAUAAAAAGCACUUAAAAAAAAAAAAAUAAAUAAAAAUAAACGAAAAAUCGGUACAACGUUAAAAUGGAUUGCUUUAGGGGAUUAUGUGUAAGAUGUGACGAAUGUUUAGUAUUUAUAAUUUGGUGUACUUGUACAUAAAUAUUAAAUUCGUUAUUAUCACUUAAAUGUACAUACAUAUACAUUUCGGUACUUACGUAUCGCUGCAGCAAUCUACAAAAAUAAAACUCAUGAAAUACAA